AUGGCGAAGCAGAAGACAGUGGCACAAAUAUAUGGAGAUUGGGAAGAGUCGUACGCGGAGUUGCCACGUUGGAUGCUAAGAGUACAGUCAACAAUGGCCGGAACAAUAACCGUGUUGAAGACCUCUCCUGUUCGGCUUCGUGGUGAGGUUGAUGAGUCGACGGUGUACUUUCACCGAUUAUUCUGGACAUUUCCACCCUGUAUCGAGGCAUUCCAUCAUUGCAAGUCCCUCGUCAGUAUUGACGGUACCCACUUGUAUGGCAAGUAUGGAGGGACACUGCUGUUGGCGAUAGCGCAGGAUGGGAACUCCAACAUCCUCCCCAUUGCAUUCGCCCUUGUGGAAGGAGAAAAUGCAGAACAUAACGGGAUCAAGGCAGCGCUUGAGGCACCUGAGACUGGGUGGCUGCCUCCACGUGCUUUUCGAGCGUACUGUAUUCAGCAUGUGGCAGCGAAUUUUGUCCUAACUUUCAAAGGUAAAGAUUCAAGGAGGAUGUUAGUGAAUGCUGCCUACGCAAAGACUGAAGCAGAGUUUUAUUACUGGUUUGACAUCAUGCGGACUGAGAAUCCAGCAAUGUGUGAAUGGGCCAAUCGGAUGGAGUACGACAAAUGGACCCAACAUGAGGAUAGUGGUAGACGGUUCGGGCACAUGACAACCAACAUCAGUGAAUGUGUGAACUCGGUGCUAAAGGGAUCUCGAAACCUCCCGGUCACAUCGUUGGUUCAGUCAACUUACAGGAGGCUUGCUCAGCUUUUUGUGGUACGGGGACAAAUAGCAGAGGCACAACUCGGAUCUGGUAAUGAAUUUUGCCAGGCAUUGGCCAAGGCAAUUGAUCGGAAUCUAAGAGACUCAAGGUGCUUCACUGUCACGUUAUACGACAGGCAUCAAUCGGAGUACACCGUGGCCGAGACAACACCAACCGGGCGCUUCUCGCUGGGUAGCUAUAGAGUUUCCCUUAAAGAUCACAGAUGCGACUGUGGCCACUUUCAGGCGCUGCAUUAUCCUUGUUGCCACGCCAUUGCAUGUUGCGCCUACUCCCGCCUUAAUUGGGCGUCAUAUGUUCACGAGGUCUAUCAUAUGAGUGAAGUUUUCAACGUUUACAAGUAG